UCUCCCUUUCACUAUUUAAGUCAGAGAAAGCUCCAGGUCUUGUGUUUGGUCUGGUCAUCUUUUUCAUUAUAAUUUUUUUUUUCUCCUCUUCUGCUUACUGACUCCCACUACCUACCACUCCACCAAGACCGAAAGUUCCAUAUCCCAAAUAAAAGUAGGACAUUGAUUCAGUGUUUUCUUGUUCUUUGGUUGUUUUUUUUUUUCGGGUGAAGAGAAACAUGAAUGCAGAGAUGAAUGGUGUUGAUGAAGCUCGAAGAAGUAAUCAAUUACAGAACAUCAACAGCCUGGAAGAGAAAAUAGACUAUGUGUUCAAGAUUGUGGUGAUCGGUGACUCUGCUGUGGGAAAGACUCAGUUGCUGUCAAGGUUUGCGAAGAAUGAGUUCUGCUUUGACUCCAAGUCCACAAUUGGUGUUGAGUUCCAGACCAGAACUGUUGCCAUGAAAGGCAAAGUCAUCAAGGCCCAGAUCUGGGAUACUGCAGGCCAAGAAAGGUACCGAGCAGUUACGAGUGCAUAUUACAGAGGUGCACUUGGGGCCAUAAUAGUGUACGACAUCACCAAGAGACCUUCCUUUGAUCACGUCGCGAGAUGGGUAGAGGAGCUCCGGGUCCAUGCUGACAAUUCAAUAGUGAUGACGUUGAUUGGAAACAAAUCCGAUCUUGUGGACAAAAAAGCGGUUCCAACAGAAGAUGCUGUUGAGUUCGCAGAGGAUCAAGGCCUACUCUUCUUUGAAACAUCAGCUUUCAGCGGUGCAAAUGUGGACAUGGCAUUCCUUAAGCUGCUUGAAGAAAUUUACAAUGCGAUUUCUAAGAAGUCAUUGGAAAUUAGCAAUGGAAAACUUAAUGGAAGCACUGAUCAUUCCUCGCUUAAAGGCUCGAAGAUCGAUGUUAUUUCAGGGGCCGAUAUGGAGAUUAGUGAGAUUAAGAAAUUAUCUGCCUGUUCUUGUUGAGAUUAGUGGUAUUCUAAUGAGUUUGUGCAUUGAGAAAGAUUUUAUGGCAAUUUGAUUUGGCUUUGCUU